GUGACAAUGAAAGAGCUGGAGAGGAAGCCCGCGCCUCAGUGACGUUCAUUCUCCAUCAGGGAUCUUUGUUUUGCAUCGCUUCUCAAUUUGCAUUUGUUUCUCAGGUUUUCCAUACUACGCUCCAGCCACCGACAAGCCCCGAGAGCGCAAAGGCGCGUUUCCGCCGCGAUCGAGCGUUCAUCGCCUCUCCAGCGCUCCUGACUCGGGCUUGAACUGAACGAAGGAAAUCACAUGCAUUCGCCUCGCGUCCUCGCCAUCCACUCGCGGAGACACGUGCCAUAGAGGUAAACAGCCCAGAGAUUCGCUCCGCAAAAUUCACCUCGCGCUACCGAUUCAACAGCAUACAGUAGACGCUGUCGGUUCAUACAGCAUGUCGGAUGUAUUACCGUACAACGAGGACAAAAUGACUCAUUAUGGCAACGACGGGGACGAGGAACACCUUUCCUUCACCUGCCGCCUCCAAGACACCAACAACUUUUUCGGUGGCAACCAGAAUAAACGACCACCAAAGCUGGGGCAGAUCGGGAGAAGCAAAAGAGUCAUGGAGGAAGACAACGAUGGCGAGGCACUGGACAAGAGCACAGAGAAGUCCUCGUCAGCGUGAACAGACCCAAAGACCUCUCUGAUGUGUAUAUCCAAAGACGUUGUGAAGAGGCACUCUCUCUCUCCCAUCUGGUGACAUGCAUUCCCCUCUCGAUCUCCCAAACUCCAUUGUCCAGGGUUUACAGUGUGAGCCAGCGGUCCGGAAGAGCGGCCCAGGGGCUUGAAGGAAUACUGUGUUUUCCAAACUAUACUCCGAGAUAUGUGCAAUGACAGGGUUCGGUCUCAUUAGAGACCGGAUUCUUCUUCUUUUUUUUAUUUUGGUUCUAAUGAAGCAAUUUGAUAGACUGAGCAAACAGUACCAUUAACAUCAAACCAGUAUCUUCCCGCUUAACCCAGUAGCCUACUGGUGGUGUUAAUGGUAUACUAGCAAUGUUGACCUUUUCUUCCAAGAGUGCACCUCCAAAGAGGUUCCACUACGUAUGUAACAAAAAAAGCUAUUUAUUAAAUCUUUGGAUACAUAUUUUGCAGUGUUGAAGGUUGAGAUACCAUUUUAUAUAAUGGAACGAUGACGAGAAGUGAAUUUUGCUUUGGAUAAAUGUUUUGUAUGUAGCUUAACUGUGAUUCUCGUGAUCUGCUUCGUUUCAUUUCAUUCAUUUGAUGUUUGAUUCGAUCUGAAAUGUCAGUUUAAGGACAGUAACUUUAUUAUCGUAAAGCAUAUUAACUGUAGAUGUGCCAAAUUUAUCCUGACAAGAAACGUAUCUUUCUGUGCUUUCUUCACGUGCGCAGGUUUAUUAAUAUUCGGUGGUCAUGUUUACAGGGCUCUUUCAUAUUACUUGUGAUGUAUUCUAGUCAUGCAUGACAAACCUCAAAACCUCAAGAACGUCUUCUUGAAUAUAUUACGUAUUUAUCUCACAGAACAUUUCUACAGAAUAUCUGUUAUAAUAAAGAUUUUGAGAA